UCUUUCUUCAUCCACCAGUAGUGAGAGAAAAUAGACAGAAAAAUAAAAUCUCCAAAAAAAAAAAAGUGAGAGAAACAAAAUGAGGAACUGUGAGUUGUGCAAAGUUCCGGCGAGGACCUUCUGUGAGUCAGACCAGGCAAGCUUAUGCUGGGACUGCGACGCCAAGGUACACGGUGCAAAUUUCUUGGUCGCAAGGCACUCCAGGACCCUUCUCUGCGACGCGUGCCGCUCCCCGACGCCGUGGAAAGCCACCGGCGCUAGGCUCGGCAACACCGUCUCCGUCUGCGAGCGUUGCGCCACCGGAACUACCGGAGAAGAAGCAGAGGAGAGUGAAGGAGACAAUGACGACGAUGUAGACACGGAGGACGACGACGAUUUUUCCGGCGGCGAAGACGGAGACAAUCAGGUGGUGCCGUGGUCCUUGACGUCACCUCCGCCGGCGGCGAGUUCCUCCAGCAGUGAAUGUUCAUCGGCUAGCUGGUGUAACGACAACGGCGAUGGAUCUGUUUCUGAACCUGUAACGACAGCAACCUCGUUGAAACGACAGCGUGAGGAUGAUGCUUCGGAUCGUGAUCUCCAGGAGGGUUCGAACAGUUCGGCAUCUCAACGGAGGUGCGGUGGAGAGUGGAGAGAGGAGGUGGUGAGCGGCGGAGAACCGCCGUCGAAGGAGUGGCCGAGGCCGCAUGGUAGAGCAUCUGCCGGCAUUUAAUGUUGGUGAAACAGUUUCUCAGCCAUAUGAUCGACGAGGUUGUAGCACUAAGAUAUUUGAGAUCUUCGAUUAUUAAACCUCUACUAAUCUUAACAGCUUACAGCACUAGUUGUAGCACUAAGAUAUUUGAGAUCUUCGAUUAUUAAACCUCUACUAAUCUUAACAGCUUACAGCACUUCUGGGUUUGGGUUUUGACCAUUAGAUUGCGGUGAAUUUGGCGUCUAUACUCUACAGUUAGAGGGUACAUUUUUAUUUUUAUUUUUUUUGUAAUAGAGGGUACAUUUUUAGAUGAAACGUGAAUAGUAAUGAUUAUAUAUUGAAAAAUUAUAAGAAUAAUUUUUUGUAAUUUUAUUGUUUAUCAUGCUGUUUAA